CGCGCUCCCGCCCCGCGCGCUGGCAGCUCCGCGCCGCCGGCCGCUCACCUUCCCCGGGCGCAGCUGCACCGCGCGGCCCGCGCCGGGCGCCCUGGAGGGACCGCUGUCCCCGCGCCCGGGACGAGCGCCGUGUCUGCGAGCCGGGCGGGCUGUGCGGGGGACCGAGCCGCCUGCCGUCGCCGGAGCGGGUCCCUGUCAUGCGGAGGGGUCGCCCUCUCUAGGGCUGCCGGCCAGACUCCCCGAGAUCAUGCUGGUGGGAGCCCAGUCCUUCUCGCCCGGAGGGCCCAAUGGCAUCAUUCGGAGCCAGUCGUUCGCGGGGUUCAGCGGCCUGCAGGAGCGGCGGUCCAGGUGUAACUCCUUCAUUGAGAAUGCUUCUGCUCUCAAGAAGCCUCAAGCCAAACUGAAGAAGAUGCAUAACUUAGGGCACAAGAACAGCAGCCCCCCCAAGGAGCCGCAGCCCGCCAGGGUGGAGGAGGUCUACCGGGCUCUGAAAGGCGGACUCGACGAGUACCUGGAGGUCCACCAGUCGGAGCUGGACAAGCUGACGGCGCAGCUGAAGGACAUGAGGAGGAACUCCCGCCUGGGUGUGCUGUAUGACCUGGACAAGCAAAUUAAAACGAUCGAACGGUACAUGCGGCGCCUGGAGUUUCACAUCAGCAAGGUGGACGAGCUCUACGAAGCCUACUGCAUCCAGAGACGCCUCCAGGACGGCGCCAGCAAGAUGAAGCAGGCCUUCGCCUCGUCCCCCAACAGCAAGGCCGCCCGGGAGAGCCUGGCCGAGGUGCACCGGAGCCACAAGGAGUACACGGAGAACAUGUGCACCAUCGAGGUGGAGCUGGAGAGCCUGCUGGGCGAGUUCUGCAUCCGGAUGAAAGGUCUGGCCGGCUUCGCGCGCCUGUGCCCCGGGGACCAGUACGAAAUUUUCAUGAAGUACGGCCGCCAGCGGUGGAAGCUGAAAGGCAAAAUCGAAGUCAACGGCAGGCAGAGCUGGGACGGAGAGGAAACGGUGUUCCUGCCCCUGAUCGCUGGACUCAUCUCCAUCAAGGUCACAGAGGUCAAAGGGCUGGCCACCCACCUCCUGGUGGGCAGCGUGACCUGCGAGACCAAAGAGCUGUUUGCAGCCCGGCCUCAGGUACUGGCUGUUGACAUCAACGACCUUGGCACCAUCAAGCUGAACCUGGAAAUCGCGUGGUACCCCUUCGACGUGGAGGACGUGACCCCGUCAGCCGGCACCGGGAGCAAGGCGGCCGCCCUGCAGCGGAGGAUGUCCAUUUACAGCCAGGGCACCCCCGAGACGCCCACCUUCAAAGACCACGCCUUCUUCCGCUGGCUGCAGCCCUCCCCGGACAAGCCCCGGCGGCUGUCCGCCCUGAGUGCCUUGCAGGACACGCUCCUGGCCAAGCUGCACCGUAGCCGCUCUGUGUGCGACCUGCCCUCCCUCAGGCUGAGGCCCAAGGCCGUGCUCGAGUCCUACUCGAACCUCCCAGAUGACACCUUCGAGAGUGACAAGGCUGCCGAAGAGAAGAGGCCGCUGUCCCUCAGCUUCGACGACCUGCCCAACGGGGACUGCGCCCUCCCUGCCAGCCCAGCUGGCUCCCUCGCCAACUCGUGCCCGGCCCAUCCCGAAAUCACCAUCACCCCCGCCGAGCUGCACCGGGGCCAGAGCACCGAGGACUCGGGCUCCGUGUCCUCCAGAGGCUCCUCGGGAGGCGGCCCGGGGCCCACGCCGACCCCAGAGGAGGACGUGGAGGGGCUCCCGAGAACCGAGGCCUGCCCGGCGCCCCCAGGGCCCCCGGCCGGGCGCCUGUUCCUGGAGAGGGCUGUGGCGGAGGCGCUGCUGCGGGAGUCGGAUGAGGCCUCAGAGCUGAAGCCGGUGGAGCUGGACGCCUUCGAGGGCAACGUCACGAAGCAGCUGGUGCAGAGGCUGACCUCGGCCGAGGCGCCGGCCGCCACGGAGAGGCUGCUGUUCGAGGAGCCGGUGGUCAGUGGUGAGGUGGACGGCGGCCAGUCCUUCCUGGACGGGAGCCUGGAGGACGCGUUCCACGGGCUGUUCCUCGCGCUGGAGCCCCACAAAGAGCAGUACCAGGAGUUCCAGCAGCUGAGCCAGGAGGUCAUGCACUUGGAUAAUGUCCUCAAAUGUAAGCCGCCCGGAAGCCGCAGCACGCCCUCCAGCCUGAGCCUGACGGUGGAGAGCGCCCUGGAGAGCUUCGACUUCCUGAACACCUCCGACUUUGACGAGGAUGAGGAUGUGGACGAGGGUGGCCCUGUGGGAGGUGCCGACUCGGUGUUUUCAGACACGGAGACGGAGAAGAACGGCUACAGGUCAGUUCACCCAGAGGCCAGGGCGCACCUCAGCGAGGCGCUGACGGAAGACACGGGCGUGGGCACCAGCGUGGCCGGCAGCCCCCUCCCGCUGACCACGGGGAGCGAGAGCCUGGACAUCGCCAUCGUCAGGCACCUCCAGCAGUGCACCCAGCUCGUGCAGCAAAUUGUCUUCUCCAGCAAAACCCCCUUCGUGGCGAGAAAUCUCCUGGAGAAGCUUUCCGAGCAAAUCCGCGUGAUGGAGAAACUCGCCGCCCUCAGUGACGAGCACAUAGGGAACAUCGGUUCCGUCCUGGAAGCCAUCCCCGAGUUCCACCAGCAGCCGUCCCUGCUGUCCUUCUGGACCGAGUGCUGCGGCCCAGCGGGCGUAUACCACAGCUCGGCCGACCGGGUGGUCCAGCAGCUGGAGGCCAGCUUCGCUGGCGCCGUCAACGCAGACUACCCAGGCCUGGCAGACCCAGUGUUUCGGACGCUGGUGGCCCAGAUCCUGGACCGGCCGGAGCCCCUGCUGCCCCCCAGCCUGGCCUCCGAGGUGGUCACCGUCUUCCAGUUUCACGGCUACUUCUCCGGCCCCGGGAUGGGCGGCCUGGAGGGCCAUGUGCGCCAGCUGGCGGGCCAAGUCUCCAUGGUGCGGAGCCUGCAGUCGCUGCGGGACGAGAAGCUGCGCCAGGCGGUCAGCGGCCUGGCCCCCAGCAGCCUCCCGGCCCAGCAGGAGGUGCUCCGGACCCUGGCUCUGCUCUUAACCGGGGCCGACCGCGGCGUCAGCCAGGCCGUGAGGCUGUACCUGGAGGCGGCCGCCGGGAACCAGCCUUUCAGGGAGAAGGCCCUGCUCUACUACUGUGAGGCCCUGACUGCCCGUGACCUGCAGCUGCAGAAGGCGGCGUGCCUGGCUCUUCAGAGCCUGCAGGCCACGGAGAGCAUCAAGAUGCUGGUGACCCUGUGCCAGUCGGACGCGGAGGAGAUCAGAAACGUGGCCUCCGAAACCCUCCUGUCUCUGGGCGAAGACGGGCGGCUGGCCUACGAGCAGCUGGACAAGUUCCCCCGGGACUGCGCCCACGUCGGAGGCCGUCACGGGACCGAGGUGGCCACGGCCUUUUAAUGACCCAACAGCUGUCGUCACAGACGGCCCUGGGGUCCCGGAGGCGCCGCGAUGUAGCCGGAAACCUCCCGCGGUGUAGACAGAACGCGACCCGGUCCAGCGCCCAGCGCGAGCUGUGCCCGCUGCGGGAGGGCUGUGUGCAGCGUAGGUCAGUCACAUCGCCGACCGCGGGCAGCGCUGAGUCAACAGAGCCCCCGUCUCUGACACGUAUGGGAUUUCAAAACAGCCAUCUCUGUACUUUUCCAGAAGUUCUGUGAGCUUGAGGCCGUCCUGUGAGACUCGGGUAAAUGUCGUACAGCUUGCAGUUCUCUCCGUCCGUCGUGUUCUCGGGGUUGAGGGUCCCCACCCCCCACCCCCCACCAGCCACCUAAUUUUACCUUCAAUGAAAAGCACAAAAAAGAAUUGCUCCCAAUAAAAGUUUGCCUGCGCGACGGUAGAACGCCACACUGUAAGAGCGUAAUGUUUUUACACGUCACGUGUCACUGUGCCUCCUGUCCCUCUUCCUCCUCCUGAGAGUUCCGAAAGCGUGUUUCCACGGUGGUGAGGAGGUGGGGAGGUGACCAGGAGCAGACGACCUUGGGAGAUCACCCCCCUACUCCUUAAACACAAAGGCACGCAUUGCGUCUGCUUUUAUUUUUGAACAAACAAGAGCCAUUUUUUUAUGAUCUUUUUCUAUAGAGGUACUUGGCUGCUAAGACCAACCCAAACCCAAAGCCACGGCUUCAGAAAAGCUGGGCGCUCCCUGAGGCGCGGGCGCGCGCAAGUUGGAGGGACAUUGAAAAGGGGUCCUUGUUUCCGUGACAACCCCAGGAGGUCAGGAUGAAGACUGCCCCCUGGGGGGGGGUGACUGCCCCCUGCUGGGACCCCUUGGCCAAAUAGAACAGCAGCAGCCCUCACCGCUCCCACCAGGGGAGCAAACCCAGUAGUUAAAGUCCACGCCUGCUCAGGAGCUCCUGGUACAUAACGGGGCUUCCUCCGAGGCGUAUACGGGGCGGGAUAUGCCAAGUUAUCUAAUAGGUGUGAGUGUAGCUUGAACUGUACUCCAGAUGUGUUUGUAUAAAAUGCCAGUGAGGUGUCAUUUUAAAUAUCUACACGUCAGCAGACCUUUACAGCAGCUCUUAGUUCAACUUAAACAGUGUCUGCCGGGUUUCCCGGCAAAGAGUCCUUGGGACUGUGAAGUUACAGUGUGUGUGUAUAUAUAUAUCUAUUUGUAUAUUUAUAAAUAUUAUAUAUAUGCCUAUGUCCUUCCUUUGAAAAGUUCCUUGUACAGUCUAUAGUUAGGAUAGCCUGCAUAAGCUGCAGUCCCUGUGAAAUGGUGGAGAUGAUUUUUUUUUUUUAUAGAAAACUCAAAUCCCAAAUGUGACCAAGUGUUUUGUUGGUUGUGGUGUGUGUUUUUUAAAAGAAUUUUGAAUAUUGCAUGAGCAACGGACUCCAGGUCUUUUAUAUUCACGUCUGCAUUUUGUUUUGGUUGAAGGGGUGCGUUGUUUUGUGGCAUUUGUAUCCAUCACUGUUCCCAUCCUGGACGUUCAAAUAAAAACUAUUUUUGAAUCUCUGGUCUCAG